GCGUUGGGAGGCGAGGGAGAAAGAAUGUGGCUGGUGAAGCUGACGAGAGGGUGUGUCGGAUUUAUAACGCAGAUCCGAACGGCUGCUGGGCAGCUUUCCCUGCUGGGGCCGAGAGAGGAUGGCGGAGGGUUCCAGGAUCCAGCUCUUCGUCAAGGCCAGCGCUGAUGGAGAGACCAUAGGCCACUGCCCCUUCUGCCAGCGCCUUUUCAUGGUCCUGCUGCUGAAGGGGGUCCCCUUCACGCUGACCACCGUGGACACCAAGAGGUCCCUGGAUGUCCUGAAAGAUUUCGCCCCGGGAGCCCAGCUGCCUGUCCUGCUCUAUGACGGAGACCCCAAAACGGACACCAUCAGGAUCGAAGAGUUUCUGGAGGAGACCCUGAAACCUCCUGAGUUCCCCAACUUGGCACCCAAGUACGCGGAGUCCACCUUAGCCGGGAAUGACAUCUUCCACAGGUUCUCUGCCUACAUCAAGAACCCGAUACCAGCUCAGGACGAAACUUUGCUCCAUGCCCUCCUCAAGGCCUUCCGUAAGCUGGACCAAUACUUGAACACCCCUCUGCCCUACGAGCAGGUGCGAGACCCGGAGCUGGUCAUCUCCCGCCGGCGGUUCCUGGAUGGUGACCAGAUGACCCUGGCCGACUGCAACCUGCUCCCCAAACUCAACAUCGUCAAUGUUGUAUGCCAGCACCACCGCCAGGCGGGCAUCCCCAGAGAGUUGCGGGGCAUCGGGCGCUACCUGGAGUGCUCUACCGAGACCAAGGAGUUCCAGUACACCUGUCCCAACCCCGAAGAGAUCAUCCAGGCCUACCACGGCGUAGUCAGGCAGCCCUAAUAGCCCCCUGGGGGCUAAAGUUGGAGGCUGGCUAGCUCUGCCUGGCAUCCCCCUGGGCACCUCUUCUUUCUCUCUCUCAGAGCCACUCAAGGUGGAAGCAAGCAGGGCAGGUCCAGAUCCGUGGGACCCCCGUGGGCACGGUCUUUAGGUGCGUCCAGCAUCACCGUCUUCCCUCCCGCCAAGGCAGUGGGUGCUACGCAAUGGAGCCGGGCCCUGGCCCUACCCUUGUGCCAAUGUGCCAAUGUGGUGGUCCCAGGCUAGCAAACCUUCCUUUCUUCUCUGGAGGGCUCCGCUCACUUCCUCAGCCCAGAAGAUUUGAGCGAGGACAGUCAGCUCCCUUCACGCCUGCAAUGAUGGCCUUGAAGUGAGUCUGGGGGCUUCUGAGCUCACCUGAAGCUGUGAGAAACCCCUGGCUGGCUCUCGGGUGUAUGUGUGUCAGAGCAUGUCUGCAUUUCCACCUCCUCUCUUCACCCAUGGCUCUUUUUAAGUGCAAUACCCUCCUCCCCCAAAUGUCCAAUGCUUUAAAUGUCUUUUCCCCAAAAUUAAAUAGACGCUUAAUA